AUGGCAGCUCCUCUGUCCCCAGAGUCAACCAUCCUUAUUGUCGGUGCUGGGACAUGGGGAACUAGUACCGCCUUACACCUUGCUCGCCGUGGAUAUACCUCCGUGACGGUCCUGGACCCAUAUCCGGUGCCUUCUCCCAUUUCUGCUGGCAACGACCUUAACAAAAUGCUAGAGUUUGGAGACAUUGCCGGUGAGGAUGACAAGGAGCGAUAUGUAUCAGAAAAGCUCCUCGAGGCCGCCACCCAGGGUUGGCUGAACGACCCAGUCUUCAAGCCGCAUUUCCAUGAAACGGGAUGUAUUAUUGCUGCGACGUCGGAGGAAGCUAGGGCACACAUGAAUUCCAAAGAUGGUCCUAGUGAAGCUAAAGGGUGGAUUCCACUGAAUUCGAAGGAAGAUUUCAUAGCCACAAUGCCCAAAGGGGUCUUGUCCGGGGACUUUCCUGGAUGGCAAGGCUGGUGGAGGAAGAAGGGCGCUGGUUGGGUUCAUGCCAGGAAGAGUAUGGAAAGUGCAGCGAGGGAAGCUGAAAGGCUGGGUGUGCAGUUCGUUGCCGGCGAAAAGGAAGGCAAGGUGGACGGGCUCAUCUAUGAAGCUGGCGAUGUCAAAGGCGUGAGAACAGCCGACGGGAAGCAACACCGCGCAGAUCGAACGAUCCUGUGCGCUGGCGCAAACGCCGCCGCUCUCUUUGAAUUCAAGGGCCAACUUCGACCUACAGCAUGGACCUUGGCACACAUCAAGUUGACGAAAGAAGAGGCCGAGAUCUAUCGUAACCUGCCUGUUCUAUUCAACAUUGAACGUGGUUUCUUCAUGGAGCCAGAUGAGGACAACCACGAACUGAAGAUGUGUGACGAACAUCCGGGGUAUUGCAACUGGCUCACAGACUCGCAAAACUCAAAGCGAUCAAGUGUACCUUUUCCAAAUCACCAAAUACCGAAAGAGGCCGAACUGCGAUGCCGUGGCUUUCUCCGUGAGACGAUGCCACAUCUUGCCGACCGUCCGUUCUCUUUCGCUCGGAUCUGCUGGUGCGCAGACACCCCCAAUCGUGGCUUCUUGAUCUCCAAGCACCCAGAAUAUGCCAGUCUGGUGCUUGGAGUCGGUGGUUCAGGCCACGGGUUUUGCCAUAUCCCCUCCAUAGGGGGGUUCAUCGCCGAUGCAAUGGAGGAGAAGCUGGAUCCGACGGUAAAGGAAUGUUUGAAAUGGCGGCCUGAAACGGCGAUCAAUAGAAAUUGGGAUGGACUUCAGGGUCGAUUUGGCCCGGAGGGAAGUAACCGGGUGAUGGACUUCCAAGACGUCAAAGAAUGGACGAAUAUCCAGGUGUAA